AUGGAAAAUGAAAUUGAGUUUCUUAAACAGACUUAUCAACAAUAUAAAUUAAACCAAAAAUAUUUAUUGUUCACAGGAAACAGAAAUAGGUAUGAGCCCACAGUUGUCAUUCUCAAGCCUUUAUCUCCUUCAAAAGAAAUCACAGUACUUGAAUUCCCUCAAAAACUAUUGCACGGCAAAUCUCUUCAUUACCAAUUAACACCUAAAUCCCUUUUAGGGCGAUCAAGAUUUUUUAUUCUAUUUUAAAGAGUUUAAAACAAUAAAUCACUUUUCGUUAUUUUAAAAGACAAAUCUAUAAAAUUUAUAUUUAAGAAUGCAAACUGUCUAAAAUAUAAGAUCUCAUUAUAGAAAUUAUUAAUUAUCUAAAAAUUUCUGUGGCUUUAAGGUUAAUUUUCCCAAUAGUAUGUUUUUAUCAAUAGUUUGUUAUAUCUUAAAGAGUGAGUAAGAAUAUUUUUACAAAAUCUCCUAGUGCUCCCCAGACUGAUAGAAAGGCUAAUUUUUGCAAUAAAUGCUAUAUCUACUCAUGCAGAACUCAUUUAUUUGAAAGAUAUCAUAAAAAGAGCGCAAAUGGGCAAAAUAUUCCUAGUUAUUAAAACAAGAUUUUAUUUUUUAAUAGGAAUAUUGCUAUUAUUAUUUAUAUAAAUGGAUAUACACUUUACAAUGAUACGUUUGUACAAGAAAUCGACCCAACCUUCUGAAAGCAAACAUGGCGAGCCCAAGAAAAGCACUUAUUGAAGACAGGAAGAUGGCUAAUAAAUUUCCAAUGCAAAAAUCCAAGCCAAUGUGGAAAAAUUACAGGCUCAGACCAUAAGCCUCAUUCCAAUGAAAUUGUCGACAUCGUUAUCCGAUUUCUAAAAAACGGAAUCAGCAACCCUUGCAGCAUUUCUUUAUUUUUAGCUAUCCCCUGCAAUGAAGCCUGGGAUCUUAUCAAAUUAUUAAAACCAAUUUAUUUCAUAUACCCAGAAACCCCUCAAAAGCUUCCAGAACUCGUUUUUACCGACAAAGAGCCUGCCCAAGUCCAAACACAAAACAUUGUAGGCUGCAACUGCAAUUGCAAAACUCCGUGCAACGUCACAAAUUCGUGCCCUUGCAUGAUAGGCGACCCCAUUUCUCCUGAAGAGCAGCCCAACGUGAUUCCAGGUCGACAAUUUUGCGAAAAAUUCUGCCUAUGCAAUUCUGACUGUAAACAAAGAUUUUUAGGCUGCAACUGCGAACUCGGCGCGUGCAACAGCACAAACUGUGUCUGUUUUGCUGCCAAAAUGGAAUGUGAUCCUGAUCUUUGUAAAUUUUGUAAAUGCAGCUCUAUAAUCCAGCAUCCAGAAAAUUUCGGGGAAAAUUGUAAAAAUUUGACGAUUCAGCUUGAAAAAUGAAAGAGGACGGCCCUUUCCCAGUCCACAAUAGAAGGGGCAGGAUUAGGGCUUUUUAUAUUAGAGUCUUGCAAAAAAGGAGAAAUGAUUGUAGACUAUAAAGGAGAAAUGUUGGAAGAUGCAGAAGCUGACCGGAGAGGGUUGGAAUACGACAAAAAGCAGCAUUCUUUUAUUUUUAAUAUAGAUUCAAGGUAUUCAAUAGAUGCGACUUUUUAUGGGAAUAAAAUGAGAUAUGUAAAUCACAAAAGUCAAGGGGAACAAAAUUGUAUGACGAGUAUAUGGAGGUCUUUAGGAAAUACAAGGAUCGUCCUUAUUGCACUAAAGAUUAAGAUUAAGAUUAAGAUUACGCUGGGUAUUUAAGGUCCCUACUACGUCCGAGGUCGCAUGCCACGGUUUCCCGUGUGGUGGCAGAGCGUUCACCAAGCCCGGGCCGAAACCCCCGGUUUCUCGGUAGAGGCAUUGUCAAGGGCCGUCUCAUACCGGCUUUGCUGACCACCUCCAUUUCCAACUUGGAUCGUCGCCUAAGUUUACGCCAACUCCGCUUCGUCGUCCGCCAGAUCUGCCCAUUGAAGGGCACCUUUUCAACUGGAGAGACCCCCGUUUUUUUGGUGUCUAACUCGCCUCCCCUCUUUUCCGGUCAUCCCGAGAAAGAACUCAACAGCUUUCGCCAUUCGGGGCGAGCCACUAAAGCAGCUUAGGCAGGUAAUUCACCCUGCCUCAUUUCGGGCACUCACUGGGCUGAGCGCUGCUGGCAAAAAGAAGUCACGAAUAACUGCCCAUGGGUCUGGUCGCAAAAACAGCGGUUCUCGCACUUAGGCCUCUCGCUUCGAGGUUUCGGACGUUGUUGGGCUAAUUCCUGGCUCCAAAAACCAUGCCCGGAUAUACAUGGGUAACCACCACUGAGAGGGUGGGGUCGGCCGCCAUACGCCAUUUUAUGUAUAUCUUAUUGCACUAAAAGAUUUAGAGGCCGGGAUGGAGCUGUUUUUUGACUAUCAGUACCCGAAAGAUGUCCCUUACGAUUGAUAUCAGAAUUAUACAAAACAAUUAACGAAGAAGAGGUCGAAAUAA